AUGCUGCCCACUCGAGCGCUUCUCAAGCGCUCUGUUUGGAAAGGGCCAAACCUCGUCCCCCUUUCCAUCGUCUUCCCCAAGGGACCCAACGAUAAAGUCCCUCCCGUCCGAACACAGGCUCGCUCAGCGACCAUCCUGCCAAACUUUGUCGGCCUCAACUUUGAGAUUCACAAUGGCAAAGAUUACCACCAGGUGACGAUUACAGAGGACAUGGUGGGACACAAGCUGGGAGAAUUUGCGCCGUGA